UGUUUUAAGCCAGAUUAGAGUCAGUGGACCAACUAAUAAUGGGUGAUGUUCUUCAAGUAAACAAAUUAUACUUCCACAUUUAGGUCCAUAUAACAUUUGUUUUUAAAUAGGGUUGUUUUAACCCACCUUAAAGUCAAAUACGAUGGACAAAGCAAUAUUGGGUCGUUAUUUUUUUAAUUACACCUUUAUUAUACUAAUUUGGCUCCAUAUUUGCUAUUUUAAAAACAACCCGUAUUUAAUGUAGUGUACAAUGUUGUCCAGCUUUAAGUCAAAUAUGGACCAACUAAACAAAUAUGUUUUCAACUAAACCUAAAUUAUCCAUAACUUGUUAGGCUCUGUAUUUAGUAUUUUCAAAACAACCCAACUCUGUAGUCAGCCAGACGCUGGGUUAUCGCGGUGGCUUUGCGCCAGAUAGAGGCGCGACAAGUCUGUCGGGUCACUGAGGGAACUAAUAGUGAAGCAAUAAUUAACCCAUUUAACAGCUCUCCUUAUCUGUCGUCUUGAGAUGUGUUCGGGAUUAUCAUCCAGACUCCCGCCACCUGUAGCGGAUCAUGGCCGCUCCUCUAUCCUCUCUCCGACCGCUGGUCCUCCUCGUGCUACUCUCGCUGCUGCUGUUGGCCCCACGGAGCUCCAGCGCCCUGCAACGGAUCUUCCUGCGGGACAUCAUCGAUGUUUACGGGCAGAACGGUUCAUUGGACCUCGCUGAUGUCACAGGCUUACUCGAGACCAUCGUGCAGCACUCGGUGGACACCAACAUUCCCGUGCACGCGCAGUGCAUGAAUGCAGAGGAGAUCCUGGUGCAUUACGGGUUCCACAACACCUCUGUCCUGAAUGAAGAGCAUCUGUCUAUUGUUUGUCCCGCUCUGCUCAAUAAAGCCGUGCUGCCGCCCUGUCCGACGGACCCUCCAACACACACUGAAGACUCCGAUCUACACGUUUGGGGUUAUGCCUUCCUGGCGGUGACCAUCAUUAAUCUGGCUUCUCUGCUGGGAAUGACCCUCGUCCCAAUCACCAAGAAACCCUUCUUCCCUAAAGUGCUCACUUAUUUCCUGGGCCUGGGCGUCGGCACGCUCUUCAGCAACGGCGCUCUGCAGCUCAUACCUGAGGCAUUCGGGUUUGACCCAAAAGCAGACGGUUUCGUCCUUCAGUCUGUCGGGGUGUUCGGUGGAUUCUACGCACUUUACAUCGUAGAAAAAAUCCUGAAGAUUGUCCUCAAACCCGAAUAUGAGGUACGUUUGUCUUAUCUAGUGUCAGGAAUGUUUCUGAAUGCGUUCCAAGAACUCAAAAGUGGGGCACUGAGAUUAUCUCACCAGGGUCACAAUCAGUGCCAGUCUUCAGAAUGUGGCCAGCAGAAUCCCGGAUUCACAGAUUCAGAAAUUAACCUCGCCAUUAGUGACAAAAUCAGCAUCGCCUCUGAACCUGCAUCUGAACGGGGCAGAGCUGCAGAGUUCUCCAGACCUCUUCACAGACCAAGUCCCUACCAUCUGAAGGACUCUCAACCUACUUGCAGCAUAAAUCCUUCCCACUUGGAAGACUCUGAACCCACUUGCGGAGUAAGUCCCUACCACUACCUGCAGCAUAAUUCUUCCCACUUGGAUGAGUCCAAAUCUACUUACAGAGUCUCUCAACCAACUUUUGGCGCAAGUCCCUACCACUUGGAGGUCUCCCCACCUACUUGUGGAGUAAGUCCCUACGACAUGGAGGUCUCUCAACCUACUUGUCUCUACCAUCUAAAAGUCUCUCAAACUACUUGCGACGUGAAUCCUUCCCACUUGGAAGACUCUGAACCCACUUGCGGAAGUAAGUCCCUACCUCUUGGAGGUCUCUCAACCUUCUUGUUGAGUAAGUCCCUACCACUUGGAGGUCUCUCAACCAACUUUUGGCGCAAGUCCCUACCACUUGGAGGUCUCCCCACCUACUUGUGGAACUCUGAACCCACUUGCGGAGGCUCUUGCAAAUGGCUGAGAGGCAGAAAUUUGUCCAAUGUGAAGACAGUGGCGUGGAUGAUUAGUCUGAGUGAUGCUAUCAACAACUUUAUUGAUGGAAUUACCAUCGGCGCCUCGUUCUCCGUUUCCCUCGUGAACGGAUUCAGCACCUCCAUCGCCUGCGCGAGUGAGGAGUUACCACAUGAGCUUGGCGACUUCAUCAUCCUCCUGAAUGCAGGUCUCAGUGUCCCGCAGGCUGCCUUCUUCAACCUGCUCUCCUCCUGCUCCUGCUACUUUGGCCUGGUUGUGGGCAUCUUAUUGGGCAACACUUUCAGCCCCGGCCUCAUCUUUGCCCUCUCCAGCGGCAUGUUCUUCUACAUCGCCCUGGCUGACCUGGUUAGAAUACAGCACACCACAUCCAAGGGCGGUAUUGUGUCGUAAAAUG